AUGAGCAAAACAGGAGCCGAUCAAAACGUCCACGGCAGACUUGCUCACCAGAACUCCAGUAAGCAACAGAAACAGGACCAGCAGAAGCAGGCUCCAACAGCCAAGCGACAUGGGAAGUUUAUCCUCUGCAGAGGCAUAGUACUGCCUGGUGCAAGAAUAGCUGGAACUGAAAAGAAGAUUGUGCUGUCUGAGGAUGACAAUGAAACACAGUCAGCAUCUGGAACCUGUCCUCAAAAGCAAAGAUACUCCCUGAAACUUGAUGUAAAAGAUGGCAAGAUCUACAAUGAACAGAACUUCUUCCAGCGAGCUGCAAAGAAAGCUACAGUGGAGAAAUGGAAGAAGCUGCAUUCUGUGCCAUUGCUGGGUAUCCCUGACUGCGUUGGCUUUGGACUCCAUGGAGAUAACUAUCGGUUUCUGGUGUUCCCUGAUUUAGGGCGAACCCUUCAGUCCAUCCUGGAUGAUGGCUUAAACCUACUGAGGGAGAAGGCAGCUUUUCAGAUUGCAGUCCGGCUGCUAGACUGCCUGGAGUUCAUUCAUGAAAAUGAGUAUGUGCAUGGGGACAUCGCAGCUGAGAACAUCUAUGUGAACCCAGCUGACCUCACAGAGGUGACCCUAGCGGGCUAUUGCUUUGCGUUCCGUUACUGCCCAGGAGGGAAGCAUGUGGCUCAGCGUGAAGGCAGUAGGACUCCUCAUGAAGGCACAAUAGAGUUUAUCAGCCUAGACAGCCACAAGGGAGCAGGACCAUCUCGUCGGAGUGACUUGGAAUCUCUGGGCUAUUGUCUCCUAAAAUGGCUCUGUGGUUUCUUGCCUUGGUCUGAUGAGCUGACCAAAAUAGAAACUGUGGUGGAGAAGAAGGAAAGGUACAAGGGGGAUGUGACCAGCCUCCUCCGACUGUGCUUCAGGCAGAAAUUGAUUCCAGAUGCCCUGCAGAGCUACCUGCAGGAAAUAACAGCACUAGAUUAUGAGGAGAAGCCUGACUAUGAAGCCCUACGGCAGCUCUUGAAGAAGCCACUGGAGAAGAUGAGAGCUUCAGCUUAUGACUCGUUGGACCUCAAGGUGGUGCCCUAAAUCAAGAAAGUUUGCACAGGAAAAGAGAGUCAAUUCAAAGCUUUCUGCACUGUGAGGCCUUUCUAGGAGACACAUUUAACUUUUUAAUCUACCUGUUUUAGAAUUGAGAGAGGUUUUUAUAAGUGGUGUUCUCUGACUUUAAUGUGACCUAACACUGACUCUUGAGCCACUGCUAACAAGUUCCAGCUAAUGUGAAGACACUCCUGCAUGGCAAGUCUUUGUAAGCAGUAGCUAGGCAGCUACCUGGAGAACUACAAUGUAGCCACAAGGAAAGGGCCAAGCUUGGCCCUGAGUACCUAAAUCAGGGACUUUCUGUAACUACACAGGCAGUAUACCUUGUUUUGUAAUAAACUUGGUGGACAAGCA